AUGUCACGAAUAGGGAACGCGGAAGAUGGCAUGAGACACACCAUAUGGUUCGCGUAUAUGCUUCUGGGAAAGUUAGGCGCAUGGCCGAAUCGCGCCACAUCUUCCUCGUUUUCAAGAACUCGGAAUUACAUUUUAAUUUUUAUGUGUUAUUCGGUGCAAUUAGUUAUAUUGAUACCAGGCAUUCUGCAUUUUUUUUUGAAGGAGAAAGACAGCAGGAAAAAAGUGAAGAUAUUGAUACCGUUGAUAAACGGUUAUCUGCAAUUGUGCAGAUACUCGUUGGUAUUACGAUCGGCGAACAAGUUAUGUUUCUUGUUAAACGAGAUGAAGAAAGAUUGGAUGAACAUCUCGGAAGAGGAGCGAUUGAUAUUUCGUAGCAAAGCGAGUAUCGGGCACAGACUGAUGUCAGUGGUAGCGAUCAUUAUGUACAGUGCAGGUUUGGGUUAUCGAACAUUUAUUCCUCUUUCGAAAGGUAGAAUACUUUUGCCGGAUAAUACGACUAUAAGAUUGCUACCGUGUCCCGGUUAUUACAUAUUUUUUAAUGAACAAAUUACUCCGAAUUACGAGAUAGUUUUCACAUUGCAAGUCAUCGGUGGACUACUUAGCUAUACAAUUAUGUGCGGUACGACCAGUAUGUGCGCCAUGCUUUGCUUGCAUGCGACCAGUUUACUGUGUAUUUUAGUGAAAAAGAUAAACGAGCUUACGAAGCAGUCGAAUGUUAACGAGAGUGCUGUGCAUAUGAAAAUCACGGAUAUUGUUCGUUAUCAGACGAAGAUCAAACAAUUUUUAAAUGAUGUUGAACACAUUACCACGUAUCUUUUUCUGCUCGAGAUCAUUGAUGAAACAGGCAUAGGAUGCGUGAUUGGAUACUGUGCUAUCAGGGAAUGGGAAGAUAGCGAUGCCACAGCUGCGAUAAUCUAUCUUUUGUUAGAAGCAUCUGUAUUCGGUGUCACUUUUACGAUGUGUUACGUUGGUCAAAUUCUCAUUGAUGAAGGCAAUAAUGUAAGAAGAAUGUCCAUCACGAUAAAUUGGUACCGGUUUCCUGCGAAAGAAGCACGGAAUUUAAUAUUAGUGAUUAUUAUGUCAUCUUAUCCAAUAAAACUCACAGCAGGAAAAGUUGUAGAUAUAUCUUUAUCUACUUACACUGACAUCAUAAAGGCAACGAUGGGAUAUCUGAACAUGUUAAAAAAUGUUACCUGA